AUGGAGAGUCAUUUCAAGAUGGAUGUUCAUGCCGCAUUCAAUGAAAUAGAAGUGAAAAAAGCUGAAGAAAGAAGAAUGGAACGUGAAAGACGUCUAGCUGAAGAAGCCACCCAAAAGAACAAAGGUGUGAUUGAUGAUACUCAAGAAGCUGGUGGAUCGUCAAGUCAACCUGAAAUUGGUGGUUCAUCAAACCAAGAAGAUAUAGAAAUGGUUGAAGCUGAAGAUGUUCAGGAACAAGUUGAUCAAGACUUCAUGAUGGUUGGUGAGUCUUCUGAACCUUUGGAUGCUGAAAAUGUUCUUAGAAAAGUGGUUGUUAUUCAAAGAAAGAAAAAGGCUAGAGAAGUGCUGUUACUGGAAUGGAGGACAGAUCAGUUCGUACUUGUUGGUGAUGCCUAUCCAGUGCCUUACAAUAUUCAAGAAGUUGCUCGUCAAAUGAAAGUUAAAGAAAGGCGAAGAAAGGCAAUGAAAGCUCGUGGAGAAAUCGUUGAUGAUGACUCCGAUGUAGAGCUAUUUGGAGAUGAUGAAGAAGAAGAUAAAGAUGAUAACGAUGAGGAAAAGGAUGACAAGCCUGAUGAUCAUGAUGAUAAGGGAGAUGAUGAUAACGAUUAG